AUGUCUGCCCCUGCGCUUAACAACGUGUCCUCGGACAUUAUCUGGGCUAUUGUCCGUGACAACCACUGCUUCCUCUCCAAGAGCCGUCGCAAUGGUGGUGCUCAGUUCUCCUCUGACCCUCUCAACCUGACCAACAAGAACACCCGCAAGCACGCUGGUUUCGUCAACGACAAGGCCAUCGGUGUCAUCCCCGGCGAGAAGGGCGGUCUUACCAUCCUGAGCAAGACCAUCAAGAACUCUACCAAGCCUGCCAAGGCGUUUUCCAAGACCAACAUCUCUGGCGCCAAGUCUACCCGCAAGAUCUACAAGACUGUUGCCAACCAGACCACCAAGACCGGCUACCGCUCUGACCUCCGCCAGUACGCCGUCGAGCGUGUCUCUGCCGUCCGCCGCGCCCAGCGCCCCGUCAAGGAGGCUCCCGAGGCCAAGCCCCGUGGCAAGAAGGCCCAGAACGCUGCCGAGUCCUCUUAA